AGCUCUAAGGCUGGUGGUGGAGGAGCAGCGGAGAGAAGAAGCUGCAGCUGGUGCUCGAGGCGGAGUUUGGGGGACAAAGUUAGGAGGAAACGGGUCUGUUUACCGGUCCAGCACCACCGAACCAGUACAGAACCGGACCGGUACACGGUAAGAUCCGAACCGAACUUUCUCACUGCAGAACAGCGGGGGAAAAAUGCUUCUUACGCACGAGCACACUCAAACUACCAUCUCAAACAGCGUAACACACACACUCACACACAAACACACACACUGAGGAUCUGCUGAGCUGGGAGGAAAUCACGAGUUCAACACAAGUCAGCAGGAAUACUGGGAGGAUCAACACUGCUCAACACACUGUACUGAUCCAUAACAUCAUAAUAGAUCAUACACCACCUGGAUUUAACUAAGCAAAUAGAAUUUUAAACUGAUUGGUAAGAUAUCCAGGCAACAUGCCUCAUCCUUAUCUGAGGUUCUUCACUGCGGUGGGGGACAAUCACCAGAACGCUUCCAACUGGCACAAAGAAGAACUGCAUGAGACUCCAGAUGAACUAGAGCAGGCCAAGCAGACCCAUGUCCCCGCGGUGACCUUCAGAGACUCCAUGAAGAGGCUCUUCAGCUCCGAGAGGUUUCAGAUAGCUGUCGUGUGCCUGGUGGUCCUGGAUGCUCUGUUUGUUCUGUGUGAGCUGCUGAUUGACCUCUCCAUAAUCAAAGCAGAUGAACACCGGGUCGCUCCACAGGUGUUCCACUACCUCAGCCUGGCUCUUUUGACGUUCUUCAUGGUGGAGCUGCUGCUGAAACUGUUUGCGUAUCGGCUGGAGUUCUUUAAGCACAAGUUUGAGGUGUUUGAUGGGAUUGUUGUGGUGGUGUCUUUUGUCCUGGACAUCGUUUACAUCUCCAAAGAGGACGCCUUCGACGGGAUGGGCUUCCUGAUCCUGCUCAGGCUGUGGAGGGUGGCCAGGAUCAUUAACGGAAUUCUGGUGACGGUGGAGAAUCGAGCUCACCACAAAGUGCAGAAAGUGCAAGAAAGCAACGACCGGCUCGUCCAGCAGGUGAACGAGCUCCAGGAACAGAAGGCCACAAUGGAGCAUGAGAUCAGCCGACUGAGGGCUCUGCUAAAGCAACACAACAUCCAGAGCUGAUCAUCUGCUGCUGCUGCUGAUGAUGAUUAUGAAGUGUGUACAAAGGCUGAAUAUCACAAAUAUCACUUACGCUUUAAUUAAAGAUAAACAGAUCAGAGCAUCCCGACAUCCUCUGCUGAGGUUCAGGUCACCACUGUUCUGUAUAGUUCCAGGAGGGUCACAGUCAAUUCAUGAAUUAUUUCAGUAAAUGAAGUUAUGAUUAUGAAUCAGUACAGUAUUGGAUAAGUUAUUAUAAUGAAACAGUAUAGUACUGAAUCAGUUAUUACAGCAAAGGUAUAGGACUGAAUCAAAUUUAGCAAAUCAGUAUAGUACUGAAUCAGUUAGUACAGCAAAAGUUCUAUGGGACUGAAUCUAUUGUAGUGAAUCUGUAUAGUACUGAAUCCAGUUAUUCUAUUGAGCCAGUAUAGUUCUGAAUUCUGAAUCAGUUAUUACUAAAAAAGAUAUAGGACUCAUUCUAAUUGAAUGAAUCAAUAUAGUACUGAAUCAGUUCUGAAUUCUGAAUCGUUUAUUACUGCAAAAAGGUAUAGGACUGAAUCUAUUGCAGGGAAUCAAUAUAGUACCAAAUUAGUUAUUAUUGUGAACCAGUUUAGUACUGAUUCAAUUAUUACAGCAAACGGUAUAGGACCGUUUACAUUACUGAGUCAGUUAUUACUGUGAAUAAGCAUAGCACUGAAUCUGGUAUUAGUGCAUCAGUGUAGCACUUAAUCUUUUAUUAUAGUUAAUCUGCAAUACAAUAAAUCGCAUAUACAGAAUUUCUGUGCUUGUAAACCACUAAAAAAAAAGGGAUGACUCAGAUGCUCUAGUGAUUUAGUACAGUACUGAAUCAGUAUAAUAAGGAAAAGAUGGUAUAGUAAAUUAGUAAUGAAUUAUUGUUAAUGUGAAAUAUAACAGUAGAGCAGUGAAUUGACACAGUACUGAAUUUUAAAGUAUUACAGUGAAUCAGUAGAGUACUGAGCGAACUAUAAGCUAUAAAUAAUAAGCACAGUAAAUAUUAAACUGCAGUUCUGUUACCCUUUAUGGCUCGAAAUGAAGACCGGAUGUGUGUGACCUCACUCAGAGUGCAUGAUGGGAAUCUUUAUUAAGGGAACAAGCUUGACAUCUACAGGCUUAUGGUAAACUUUUUUUUAUUAUUAUUAUUAUUGAAAGUGUUUUGCUGGAGAUUGCAGAAUUGUGCACAUUUUUCUAGAAAUUGAAAACGUUGUAAAACUUUGUAUGGAUUGCUUUGAAAAAAUAUUUUGUAUACUUUAUGUAAUGUUUUGUAAGAAAUCAUGAAAUGUUUCUAAACAAAAAAUAAAGAACUUACAAAACAA